CUCCAGGACCAGCCCGGUCUGCGGCUGCAGCCCGAGUCAAACAACCUCCAACUGACAACAGCUUUCAGGGAAAAGAUGGCGACCCGAGUCCUUCAAAGAGUGGGCAACGGCCUGAAACAGACGAGAAAUGGGCUCCAGGCGAACGGACAGGUUACAGUUGUCGUAAGGAGCCUGUCAGCUUUCCGUGAAGACAGCUGGUUCAAGUCUCUCUUUGUUAGAAAGGUCGACCCAAGAAAAGACGCUCACUCUCAUCUGCUCGCAAAGAAAGAAGACAACAAUCUGUACAAAAUACAGUUUCACAAUGUCAAGCCUGAAUGCCUUGAUGCUUACAAUGCACUCUGUGAGGACGUCUUGCCUUCCAUUCACGCUGACGCUGAAUACCCUUGUGAGCUUGUGGGCACCUGGAACACAUGGUACGGAGAGCAGGAUCAGGCAGUUCACCUGUGGAGAUAUCGGGGAGGAUACCCAGCUCUCACCGAAGUCAUGAACAAACUCAGGCAGAAUAAGAAGUUCAUGGACUACAGGAGAGAGAGGGGGAAGAUGCUGCUGUCUCGUAGGAACCAGUUGCUGCUGGAGUUCAGUUUCUGGAACGAACCUGUCCCUCGUUCAGGACCCAACAUCUAUGAGCUCCGAUCAUACCAACUCAGGCCGGGGACAAUGAUCGAGUGGGGAAAUUACUGGGCACGUGCCAUUGAGAUCCGCCAGCAGAACCAUGAGGCGGUGGGAGGCUUUUUCUCACAGAUAGGAAGUCUGUACACAGUCCAUCACUUAUGGGCUUACAAAGACCUUCAGUCCAGAGAAGACAUCAGAAACGCCGCCUGGCAGCGCGAAGGCUGGGACGAGGUUGUUUAUUACACAGUCCCUCUUAUCCAGCACAUGGAAUCUAGAAUAAUGAUUCCUAUGAAGACUUCACCCUUGAAGUAACCACAAACACCGGAGAGAACCUCUCAACAGCUGCUGCGACUGUCACACUGAUCUGUAGAGAGCGUAACCAACCAUCAGAGUGUGCACUGCCAGGGAUGUCGGCAUUAACAUUGAUGCGUUGUUUCAGUUUUUGUUUUCCUUUUUCUUUCUUUGUUUCUUUGCUCCCGUUCUCUGCGUGGGCCUAGAAUGUCCUGAUUCAGAUGAUGAGGUCAAAUUGAUUAUCACCAAUACUGUAUCUGUUACAACAGUUACUGUGUUACUGAUCCAUUAAUGCACUAUGUGUAGACAAAAUAUAAUUUGACACACUCCUCCUCUUCACUGUCUCCAUCAUUUAAAGGGUCAGGGGUGAAAAGGCUUGUCUUAUUUUUUAACGAUGAUCAGUGUUUUGAGUGUUGAGAUACCAGGAAAAGAUGUGGAUCAAACGUUCAGCAGUUCUGGUGCUGGUCACAGGGGCUGAAAAUGUCUUAAGGUCUUUGAUAAAAAUGUGUUUCACUAGAAAACUUGUGAGCCCUGUUGCACUACUAACCAAGCAAAAGUAACUGCUUCCAGUAUCUCACAGCAAAAACACUGUGCUCGGAGGUCAUGGUUCACUAUCGACAUAAAUUGGACAAGCUUUAAAUGUUAUAAGGAAUGGUCAGUUUUACGAGGAGGAGUGUGCUGUUUACAAAUCAGUGUUCAGUUGAUAGUAAAGCUGAUUGUCAGAGACAGUGGCCUUUGUUAUGGCCUCAGUCAGACUCUUAGCUCUCUUAUUCAAAGUUCACCAGGUUACCCACUCCUCCACUAGAUAUAGCUUUAUGUUUACAUGGCUUUGAUCCAGCCGACUGAUUAUUGUGAGCAAGUAAGGGAUUCAUAAUGACACCCUUGUAAGAACGCACAAAAGAGGAGUCUCACAAACGCACCACAGUAGUCAGAAGAGGCUUGACUUUGAUUCAGAGCUCAUUCUUUUGUUGUCGCGGAGCAGUUGUGCUGAAUCAGGAGCCAUUCCACCUGUCUGCGUCUCCUCUGUUAAACUGACCACAUCUCCAGAUUCUUUUCUAACUUUAACAUCACAACACUUUCAGCUCUUUCAGCUGUGGGGAGGGGGACAAGGUGAUUAAUAUUAUUAGAAAAUGUUUUUUUGAUUUCAGCAGAACUAAUCAGUAUCUACAGUACAAACAUCUGUACACUGGCUGGUUUGGCCUAUCCCUAUAUCAAGCAAUGAAAUAAUACCAAGCGGGUGAUUGUGUGCUGAGAUUAAUGUGUUUUUUUGUUUUUUCUUAAAUGGUCAGAUCGUAGAUAUACAUAGUGGAUUUAUUGACCGAGCCAAUCGGUCAAUCCUGUAUCUGUAAAUGAAGUGGGGUAUUCUAAACUAUCUUAUGUUGACAAGUGGACAGCAGAGGAGUAUUAUCUCCGUGUGGUAAAUGUGAAAUGCAGUGCUUUAAUAAGAUUAGUUGUACAUACGGAAUUAAACUUCUGAUGAAAAAAUAUAUUAAA